AUGCAGGGCGUCGAUGACGCAGAUGUUACUUUGGCUUCUCCUAUGAUUCUUGGUGUUUGUGAUGGCGUCUCUCAGGUCGAAGACCUCGGCGUGAACGCGUCUAUCUUUCCGAAAGAGCUCCUCAGAAGUUGUGAAGAGUUAGCUACCGAGCAGCUCGUUGUGGAUCCUGAUGACCUACAGGCGAUCCAGGGCAACUACACCGGCCCCCUUUCGCUGCUGAAGAAGGCGUACCGGGAAACUGAUGCCGAGGGCGCCACUUCGGUCUUGCUGGCCGUGAUGGACAACAGCAGCCAGGUCCACGGGAAGCUGCACCCGAUGAUAGGGGUCAUUACCCUCGGCGACUGCGCCCUGGUCAUGCUGAGGCGAGGCAGCGGCAACCGCCAGGGCCCGCUGCAGGUGGUGCUUCACACCGAGAUGCAGCGAAUAGGGGGCCACAGCCAGACGCCUCUUCAGCUUUCACGAAUUCAUGAUGCAGGCUUUGAAGAGAAAGACGCCAUCGAGACCAUCGAGCGGGGGUCGGGCCUCCACAUCACGUCCGCUUACGAGGGGGACGUGCUCAUCCUUGGCAGCGAUGGCGUUUUCGACAACUUGUUUCUCGACGAGGUUGUGAACAUUUGCAACGACAGCCUCAGGCCACCGUUGCGUGAGCAGGCCACCUUCGUGCCCACGCACCCGGCGCUCCUCGGCGAGAUCGCGCAGCGCAUCGUCGAGAGGGCGCACGAGAAGUCCGCGAAGAGCUCCCGCAAGCUGCAGUCCUACACCCCCGUCGGCCUCGGCGGGAAGGCCGACGACACGUCCGUGGUCGUGGCUGAGGUGGUCGAGUGGACGCACUCCCGGCGAGAGGUCUGGCAGCGGUCGCGGCGUCCCCCGAAGUGGCGCGGCCUCUUCGGCUGCUGCGCGCCAGACGGCUGCACGACGUUCUGCGAGCGCGGCGCCUCCGACUCCGAGGAGGAGGACGGCGAUGAGUCUCCCAGGGUCGAGGAGAGCUGGAUCCAGGAGACCAAUUCAGACCACUGCUUAUGCUGCAUCCUGUGA